AUGCAGUGGAUGUGUGCUGUGUUAUCACUGGUGUCAAUGUUUUCCACUCAAUUCUUGCUAGCUGAUAGUGUCAGCAGCAUCGGUGGUGGACACUCUGGCGAUGGCGUAGUGCUGCUACAAUGUGCUCCGGGUCAACUAAACUGCAGCACGUCCACCGUAGCCUGUUCGUCGGACUCCGUCAAUCCUGGACUGUUGACGUGCAGUUGUGCCGACAACGUCACUGCUUCUCCGUCUGCAGCAGGCGCAGGCUUCCUGGGCGCAUCGUGUGUUGAGAUUGAUCCGUGUCGACAGGGAUCUGUGCAGAACUGCUCCAGAACCGGUGGCGUGUGCUUGAGCUCCGAUGGCGAAUCGAACUGCUACUGCAGCGGAAAUAGGAGCGUUGUCGGCGGCGAGGAUGACGCCGUGUUUUCGUGUGUGCUGCUGACUGAAAACUGUGAAAGCAGUGUUGAGGAUGGGGUCGGUGCGACGCUAGGUAGUACAGCAUGUGCUGCCAUUGGUGGAGAGUGUGGGAUGAUGAGCAACGGUCGGACAAGGUGUGUGUGCAAGGUAGGUUACGCUGGUAAUGGAUACGUGUGUUCGGAUAUUGACGAAUGCCAUGCACACACUCACAACUGCUCUAGACCUGGUGCACUCUGUACCAAUACCGCUGGUUCCUUCUUGUGCACGUGCAGACCCGGUUACCAAGGAAACGGGCUGACCUGCCAUGCCAUCACAGAGUGUGAGCUGGGACUGCAUGACUGCUCAGCAGUGGGUAGUCGUUGCAGCAACAUGCAGGGAUCAUUCCUCUGUACUUGCCUAGCAGGUUUUGCUGGGGAUGGCAGACUGUGCAGGGAUAUUGAUGAAUGUGUUAAUAGACAACACACAUGCUCACGGUACGCUCAAUGUCACAACUCCAUAGGCGGCUACUCAUGCGGUUGUCUUGGCAACUACUCUGGUGAUGGAUACCGAUGCCAUCCGGACGAGUGCGCCAUGGGAGUGCAUCGUUGCCAUGGAGACAACAUUGUCUGCCUGGACACGGAGGCAGGCUUUGACUGUAUGUGUCCGGUCGGUUGUCAACAGAACUACAUGUGUGUGAACCUGGAAGGUAGCUUUGCUUGUCUGUGUGCCUAUGGGUUUGAGCUGGCCCGGGUGUCAGGUCCAACACAAUGCCUGGAUGUGGAUGAAUGUGAUUCUGCUGGAAAUGGCAACGACUGUGCUGCUGUCGGUGAGCUGUGCAGAAAUGUACCUGGUUCGUAUCAGUGUCAGUGCCAUGAUGGGUUUGCUAGGUCUGAGACAAACUCUUCAUGCAAAGAAAUCAAUGAAUGCUCCACCAUGACUGACCCAUGUCAGCCUGGGUCCCAGUGUCGUAAUACAGAAGGCAGUUAUGUAUGUUCAUGCUUGCCUGGCUUUCUACUGGUGGACGGGCAAUGUCGCUCCUUGCCAGAAUGCACUGAACAGACUGACAUUGACUACUGCAAUAGCACUGCACAUGCUCUCUGCAAGCUGUACAACACCACCGAGAUGUGUCUCUGCGCCAACGGGUUCAGCAUGUCCCAGCACGGCUGUUGGAAUAUGAAUGAAUGCAUACGUGGACAACACGACUGCUUCUCACUGGAACACACGGAAUGCGUGGAUACUGCAGGCUCCUACGAGUGUCUUUGCUCGACAGGGUAUACACUGGACGACAACCAACAAUGCCAAGAUGUGGAGGAAUGUGCAGACAAUAUGCACGAUUGUGAUGGUAAUGCCACAUGUAGAAACAGUGUAGGGACAUUCCAUUGUCUCUGCAAUACUGGCUUCACAGGAACUGGACACACUGGUGGGUGUGAGAAUGUCAAUGAAUGUGUGCAUGGCCUGACUGCUAAAACAAGAACUAUGAAUCCUGAUGCCACCGUGGCUCGUAUUCCCUGUACGGCUAGCAACAUGCAGUGUGCAGACACGGUUGCAAGCUAUCGAUGUGACUGCUUGCCCGAUUACUACAUGCAGCAUGACGGCCAGUGCAGACCCAUUAGUGAGCUGUUCACACCAUGGAGUCCACCACAGCCCGGAACACCCACAUCAUUAACAUGGCCCAUUCGAAAGUUUGAUUACCAACAAGAUCUCCAGUACACAGUCAUUGGCAUCAACCUUGGAGCAGCUACCUUGAGCAGCUCAACUAGCAGAGUGUUUCAUGUUUCACCCGACAUUCUAUACAACUUGACCGGACCUAAUGUCUACUCUUACGCUGAAGCACUGGAGACAAGGCAGCCAGGCUCAACGCCGAGGGCAUACGUUGUGGCGGAGUUCCACUCAUCCUUGUUUGGACACAGGGCCGUAUUGCCCGUGACGGUCGGUGAUGGGACGAGACUCGGGCAGUGGGAGAAUGGUCCACUCCCGCCCAGACACACCUUCACACUAUGGUAUCAGGCAGCAGCGCAGGCCAGUGAGGAUGCUGGUCAAUACUCCCAGAUGAGAGUAGUGGCGACAUCACCAUACCUACCUAUUCAAGAAACGAGAGGUGCUGGUAAUGGGCAUACAACAGUGUCGGUCACGCUAAUAGCUGCAGCGGCUGGAGGACUGGCUUUCGUAAUGUUCCUAUCCCUCUGCCUAGUUGCUCUGAUACGGAGACAACGGCGCCUGGCUGGCAAAGGAAGAAUGCGCCAGCCUUCCAGGAACAAGAUACUUGGCUCAAGUGCCUCUGAAGACAUUAAGAUACGAGACACGUCAAUUUGAAUCGCAUAUUUAGGUGUUCUUGUUUUCUAUCCUUCAUACAAAUGAUGCUUGAUUUUCUGUCCCUGGUCUAUAGUAUAAUGGAAGGCAUAUUGAGCACAUGCACAGGGCAUACCCAUGCAGUGUGGUGUGAACAUUACUGUACUAAACUAUCUGAUUACAUGUAUUGGCAACUUGCAUCUUUCCAUCUCAAUAGCUCAUCCAAAAUGCAAGAUAAUCCCAGCAAAUUGGAAGACCUGGCAGGUAUGACAUCAUCAUAAUAUUUACCCUGGUCACCAAGAGCAUGUUCUUAUUUACACACAGACACUAGCUGUACGCUGCUCAGUUUACGCGCUACGUCUUCAUGACCCCUACGCGUAACCUUGAGCAAUUAGUACACAAUCAUGGUUUGCCUUACUAACACACAGGUCAGUUCAGAGUCACCGACUAUCAGCUAAACCAAACUCCUAGCGUAGUUAUUGUCUUCCUGAUCGCAUAGUCCUCUUCAUUUCACGACUGAUAAACUCGGCAUGUUCUACGUGAACCAGAAUUGCAAAUUAUGGACAAUUGCGAAUUGCAAAAAUAAUAAUAAUUAUUCUUGCCUCGUUCCAUCACAUCAGCUAUGUCAUAACACUGACAGCCGGCAAUUCAUGUACCACUUUCCAACCAUGUGCCCAUUUUGAGCAGCUCAUGAGCAACUCGUGCCAAACAUAAAGUGGUACCAGUGUACACGUAGUUCUAGUCCUUGAGCAUGCACUGAUUAUGCUCACACUAAGUCAGACCAGUAAAAUAUACUGGUGAUUGGUGGGGUCAAAUAAAAUCCAGCCCCAUGACUAUCACUGCACAUUCCACGGUUCAAAGUCACUCUUAGGCAGUCCCUGGACUAUAAUGUUCUCCAAGCCGGAUUUUACUUGCGACCACUGACAGUCUGUGCAACAAGUAUAAUAAUUAUGAUAUUAUCACGAGAAAUCUUGACACCGCGCAGUGGUUCCAUUGCAUGCAAUUAAAGUCAUACCAGAUGUGUUCAUC